GGAGCUACUGGAAGUAUGGCAGUGUGUUGUGCCAGUCCCAGAUAGAGGCUUCUGUAACUUGACGAAUCUAACAGUGGAUGGUUGCCAAUCUUUGAUUCAUGCGAUUCCCUCUCAUUUGGUCCCCUUCUGGUUAACAGUAAUGGAUUGCAACGCUGUCGAGGCAAUAUUUGAUGUGGGUCCCAUGUCCACGCGUUUCUCCUUUGCACUGGAAAGAUUGGCGUUGGACCAAUUGCCCAAUCUGGAACAUGUUUGGAACGAGGAUCCUAAGGAAAUUCUCAGCUUCCAAUGUUUGCAGAAAGUGUAUAUUGAGGGGUGCAGUAGCCUUAAAAGCUUGUUUCCAGCAUCAAUGGCCCAAGGCAAACUUGAAAGCCUCGGAGAACUAGAAGUUAAAAAUUGUGAACAACUAGUAGAAAUUGUUGCCGGGAAAUCAUCAUUUACAAGACAAGCUUAUUUUGGUUUUGCUCCUCAGUCACACGCUGCUUUAAAGUUGAGGGAGAUUGGAACCGUCCAUGUGGUUUUCCUUGGGUUGAUGAUGUAGAAAUUGAAGACUAAGUUUGUGUGUGGUGUCUUAUUUGCC